CUGAGCAGAUGUGUGUGUGAGAAGACGAGGAGGACGCAGGUUCUUAUUGAGUGCAGGAAUCGCUGUAGAAAGGGAGUGACGAACUGCAGGGGCACGAAAAAGUAAAGAUGUCGUUCGCCUGUGACAAACUGUACAAUGGAUACAUACGGCGGAAUAUGGCAAUCAUCGUUUCCAAGGUGAAACCGAGAGAAAUAAUGAUGCAUCUGCCUUGCCUGACUGCUCACGACAGGGAUGUCAUUGAGGCAAAAACUGAGACAAGUGGGCAUUAUAAUGGCAUGAUGCUUCUUUUGGACUGCCUGAAAAGAAGAGAAAACUGGCCCGAGCAGUUCAUUGAGGCGCUUGAGGCAUGUGAGCAGACAAACAUUGCAGCUGACAUCAGAGCAGAAUACAACACUCUGACAGAUGUUAACAAUUCCAACCCCGGCUCCUCUCCAACGUCUGUUGUCACAGCACACGUCCACCCGGCACCAUCUGCCGGUCAUCUGCCCAUUCCAGAGAGUGGUGAUAACAGUCGGGAUGCUCUAGCUCCGCCAGCUGUAGCUCCUGCAGCUCCUUCAGCUCCUCCAGCUCCCCCAGAGCCUGCUAUCCAGGCCCCACCCUCUCCGAAAAUUCCAACACCGCCACAAACCCCCCCGAGUGCAGCAGACCCAGGUCCCAAAGUGGUUUCCCCACCUGAGCCUGUCCCUGAGCCUCCAAAGUCAACACAGAUUGAAGUGGCACAUCCUCCAUCAACACCUCCUGCUUCCCCCAAGACCACACACAUUCAGGUGACAUCCACAGAGGGCGAUAUUAAUUUUCGCCAGGAGCCAGAGGAAAACUCUGAAUCAGAUAUCCAAAAUAUUGCUGCUGAUCCUGGAGCUCAGGUGGGCUCCGGAGAUGGUGCCAUUUCUGUUAACAGGGAAACCACUCCUCCACCACCACAUCCAACUGAACACCAUGAAGCAGAUCCUCUCGAAAGCACGAUUACCAAAAAGAUCAAGGAGCCAGAGAGUCCACCUGAAGCCCAGAUCAACUCUGAUGUGACUGAUGGACCCUCUUUCUACACAAGGACCCCAGAGAAGCCUCCGGUCCAGGACAGCACUCCUCCAUUGAACAAAAAUCCUGAUGCUGUCUCACAGCCUGAAGAGAUUUCUGGGCCUCCUUCUACACAGAUUGUUGAAACUGCAGCUGAAGCCUCCCCCAGGCCUGGUACUCCGGUGAUGGAGGCCUCUCUUAAUGAUGAUGUUUGUCUGAGCAAGCCAGGGCAACUUGUCAGCAUCCAACCGCAAAAUCAACCCAGUCCUACUAUCCUCGCGUCCAGCUCAGAGCCGCAGCCCUACUCGGGCAACAGUGAGCGUCUGGAAAUAAGUGAAGCUCCACCGGAUGACGUGUCCUCUUUCGACUCCACAGUUACUAAAGUCACGCCACUGCCAUGCCAGGAGACCGGCUUCGCUAAUCUCAACCAUAACGAACCUGAGGAGAACCAGUAUGAGUCGCCGUGUCAAAGCUUUGAAACACAGGAGCUGGUGAUACAUGCGUCCGGUGAUCCAUCUAUCCCUAACCUAGACGUCAAUGGUGAAACGGCCAAAGAAAUCUCCUCGGCACCACCGUUGUUCACUCAUGCUGCUGCUGAUUCUGGAAGUUUAAACACCACCUUCAAAGCAGAAGAAGAGCCAACAGAUACUUCAGCUCCGUGGACCCCUCUCAGCCAAUCACCUAAUGCAAAGUACAUUCUGGCCGCUGCAGGAGUGGGUGCCUGUGCAUUGCUGAUGGCGUGGAGGUUUAACAAAUAAGGGGAUAUAAUACCUGGAAUGAAAGAGAAGAUUAGACUUUAAGGCUUUUGAAAAGGAUUUUAGGUGCCUUAAUGAAAUCACUGCCAUGGUUUGGCAUGAGGCAGCAGUUUAAUAAUUACCUACAGUAAUUACAGCUGGCUCUGCAGACCUUUGAUCACGUCAUUAAUUACCAUUCUGUUCUUAAGUUUGACAUUUUAUGUCUUUAUUAUUGAGUGAGGUUGACUAUAGGGAACAAAAACUAAAUCUACCCUUACUAUUCUAGUUGGGUCACUUCAUAGAACUGGGUUGCAAUCUCAGGUUAUUUAUGCACUUGUGCGAUGCAAAUGUGUGUUUUUUAAAGGUGUGUAUUAAUCAUUGUUUGCAUGUUCUCUGACAAGCUAGAUAAGACUGUUGGCUGUCAUCCAGCAUGAGUUAAUGAAUCAAGGACCUGAGUUUGGCUUGUUGGGGACUGUGGAGGCAGGAGUACCAGUAGUUCCCCACAGUGUAAAUUCUUUGUUUUCCCCUACUCAUAGUGGGGAAAUAUGGCUUUAAAUGUAUUUAUUUGUAAAUAUUUAUAUAUAUAUAUGUGCUAUAUAGAUACCUAAUUACUUAUUUUAAGAAAGAUUGAUGUGCUGUUAACAUAAAAAAACAAACACUCAGCAAUCAAGCAGUCAGUCAGCUAAUCCCUGCAUAAAUUUUUUUUUUUUAAAAAAGUCAUUGCCUGUGAACUUCCUUAGCGCUAUGAGGCUUCUCGGUAGGAACUUUUUAUUCCAUGGCACCACCCACCACUUUUUCUUUUUUUUUUAACAGCAGGUAAGUGUUUUCUUAUCAUGGCAGUGAUCAUUGUAUCAUAACCUGGGUGUUUGUCUAUGGCUUUUGGCACGUGUCCUCUUCUGCUUCCAUGCUUGUAAAUGCAUGUUUAAAUUUAAUCAGUGUUAUUUUACGGUUAAAAAAUGUCAAUAACUAUAUUUUGCAACUGGCACCUACUUUUGCAACAAUUGGCACAAUUUAAGCCUAAGGUUGUCUUAUAUGGUGCAAAUGUUUGAUUCAACAUUUAAGUUGUCAAUAGAUGAUUUUUCUCCUUUAAAUAAAAACCUGUUUAGGUUUGUUCUGUAAGUUGAGAGGUUUUAUUGUACAUAGUGUUGUCAAUAAUGAAAUUUUAAGGAAAUGUUUCAUUUAGAAUAUUUUUGGCCCUUUUUUAAGAGCCUUUUUGAGCUGCAGAGGUGAUGACAUAAUUACAGUUCAUGUGGUUAUGUAAUCUGUAAAAAUGUAAAAGUUCCACCUGAAAUUUAUAUGCACUGACUUGGCUUUGCACUUCAUCAUUCACAUCA